CUCGGGCAUAUGCAUAAGCUCGUACGACAACCUUGAGCUCCCUUUUCAACAUCAAGAUCAAACGUUUUAGUAUUUUGUUUCCAGUUGUUGAAAGUACAUCUACUUCUACAUUCACAUUGCUUCGCGUUCGCCCGAGGAGCGAAAAAUAAACUCAAAAACAUACCAUGGCGGCGUCCAUCCCAGCAGCCGUUGGAGCCGCUGCAUCGUCCUCGCUGAUGGCCUUGCCGACAGUGGUGCUGCGGUGCGCUUGUCCAUCACUGGCGUGCUCCAUUAUGCAUUGCAAAAGCAUCGUACUAGCAUAAAUCGCAAUACAAAUUUUCUCAGAAGGAGAAAUGGAGUUUGUAAUUCUGAUUUGGCUAAGAAACAAGAUUUGUCAUGCAUGAUUGCAAAUAGUACAACGAGUACGAUACUUUUGCAGAGCAUAUCCAUGACCUGGUUGCAGUUGCAAAAACUCCGCGAAACCAGGAACUUCUUGUUGAGCCGGCAUGACAGUUACAGUUCGGAAACUACGAGCAAAAUUUCCCUGACGCCGCGGUCGGUAGCUGAAACUACACCUCCCAGUAGUACCGUCUUUAAGGUUCCGAGAACGACGAAGGUUCACAUGUCGCUGGACAUUCUACAACCACUUCAGAUGUUGAACAAGACGAACGCUGUUCUUGGCCCCCGCGAAGGGUCUACGACUUCCCUCGCUACGAGCACAUCUAGUGAUGUGAACCAAGCACGACCUGCUCCAGCAGAGGAGUACAAAAAUCCCGUGCCUGCCUUAUUGGGACCACAGGUGUCAGUCGAGGUUUGUGGUGAGGCGGUGCAGUGUAUUACACAGGUGCCACACUUGCUUGACCUCGCAGAGGAAGCAGCGAGGUGCUGGGAACCUGUGAUCACAAAACUUCGCAAUAAAGCGUCCAGAGAGAUCUACAACAGUGCGGACUAGUAACGGCGGAGAGGCCGCACAAGCAACUGGCAGAAAACAAAGCCGAACAGCUGGUGCGAGAAGAGAAGUAGCUAUCACUAUCAACAAAUUUUUGCGGUCUUGGAGCUGAGGUUCAGGCAACCUGCACUACCCACAGUAAAAGACUACACUUUGAGGACAUCACAUGGAUUAUUACCAUAAUCAGUAAAGGUAAUGGAAGAAACAAAAUUGGCAUGCAUGAUAAUUGCACUCCAGCACACCAGGCAGUAGUUUCGCUUCGCGUCAUACUGAAAGACUACUAAUUUGCUACAGUUUCAUCUGGCUUCGGCUGCACCCAGUGAGUCCACUAAACCACUAAGUACAAGAACAUAUUGGUGAUGAAGGCAAAGCCAGCGCGCCAUAAUUUUUUCAUAAGACCAUUUCUGUGAC